CCCAGGUAAGUCAGCAAUAUUUGGCAGCCGCCCGUAUAAGAGUUCCGAAGCGUUGCUAUGAUUAAAUCAUUUUUCUGCUAUCACGCAAGAAAUACAAGCUAACAAAACUCAUCCUUCACCAUGUUUCUGCACAUUCUUCUCUUUCCGUGGUUGAUUUUGGUACUCUGUUCAGUAUCAAACGCCGCUGACACGAAUGACACCAUUUCUAGCCCUUGUGAUCGUGGUGGAUUGCUCUACACUGUAUUCCUCCGCCUAAGUCCUAAUGCCAACACGAACGUUGAUCGCAUCCAGAAUGCUCUUAUAAGCAAUCAUCUUUCUCCUUGGGUAGAGAUAGAUGGGCACAUAAUCUCAAAUACGAUAAGGGCAUCCCACGGUGAAAUUUCAGCCAUCCGACGACGCCCUGAUUUCGAGCGUGCUGUACGGAUAGAGCCUGCAACUCACGAGACUACAAUCUUACAGCAACAAGAAGGCUUGGGCAAGGCAAGAUACAUCAUUUUGCCGAUUGAUCUUGGGAAUCAAGAACAAUGCAAAGCGACUAAUAGUUCCCUUGACCUACUAUUUGGAACCCAGAUUGAGGCACAGAUGAUUGAUGGCAAAUUACACAAAUGGAGGGCCGAUUUGUCCAACGAACAAGUAGCGCAAGUUAAGGCUAUCCACGGAGUAAAGGGCGUCCGACCCAUUCACAAAGGGAGGAGAUGUCGCCUCGGUUUAAAAUCCACAAACGGCCUAGAACCUCAGGCACAGCAGGAGAUCCUGUAUGAAACGCAAGCAGGUGCUCCUACGGAGUUGGUAUCUAUCAGUCAACCAAGUACAAUCCCACGAUUGCGAGACCUCAAGAACUAUGUGCAUGAAAACCACAGUGGCGGGCAGAGUUUCCUGUAUUAUGUUGAAACCGGCGUAGCCUUCAAGGCACAGAGCGAGGAAUUCCCUAAUGUUGCUUCGCAACACCUUCUUACUAACCUGGCUAUCAAAAAUGGAGACAAGCCUUGGUUUGAUGACGAUGACGAGGACGAGAACGACGAAGACAUGCGUUCACAUGGUACCUGUGGCGCCGGUAAGGCACUUGGGACUCGUUUUGGCGUUUCCAAGAAAGCCACGCUUAUCGUUGUUAGAAUGCACGAAGUCACGUCUACAGAAUUUGAAGCAGCGCUGGAGCUUAUCAUAGCGGACUUGGAAGAUCACCCUGAGCGUCGAAAGAAGAGCGUGGUUACAAUGUCUUUGACGAUGGGCCAAGGCUGGGAAGAUGACAAUUUGCGAGACUUCAGAAAGCUUUUCCAAGGCCUAUUCGCUAAGGACGUGCCGUUAGUUUGUAUAUCUGGGAAUAUCGAUGAAGGUUUUGAAGAACCUGAUGUAGAUGAGUAUCCCGCAUUGAUGGAAGGGCCGGACAUGCCACUGAUCGUGGUGGGCUCGGUGGAUUCCACGGGGAAUCGGUCCGAGUUUUCCAAAGGUGGCGCUCAUGUAACUUUACAUGCAGUUGGUGAUCCCAUCGAUUGCUUGCCAAAAGACAGCAAAGACCCAGUUGAACGAGCAGGAACAUCAUAUGCCGGACCACAAGUCGCCGGCGAGAUCGCCAACCUUCUCUCGUACGAAGAAGUCCCUUUUGAUACCAGCGACGGGAACCUCGUGAAGAAUCUCAAGGCCUACCUUCAGUCGGAUGCAGCCAGUUGGGAGCGGUACCCCGGCAUUCGCGUUCUCUGGAACGGGGUGCGAGAGGAGAAUAACCCCAAAGAAGCCGUUAAGUGCAAUGGCCUUGAAAGCGAUAAGUACGUUGAGCGGGAAGAAGUCAAGCGUCUGAUCGAGAAUGAGUUUUGCCCUGAGGUCGGUAGUUGGCGUGAUCUACGCCAACAAGGUUCCGCAAUUUCACGCACAUACAACAUUGAUACACCGAACAAGGUCACCCUGUCUGUGAGCCUGGAUCAAGGGGACAGCGCUAGUGAUUGUGUCAAAUACCUCAUGAUGACUGUGGAUGACUGUUACCGCAUCGAUAAUGACCCCUCCAAUUAUAAAGGCGGUGGCCAAACCAUCAUUGGUGACGCUACCUAUGAAGUAUACCCUGACCAUGGCGAGGAGCUCAAGAAGGAGGUCAAAGGCUGCGCACUACUACCUGACACAUGGAAGUUCACCUAUGGCCUUGGAGAUGAUGGGCGUGAGUGGACAGCUAGAUUUCGUACCGGGGUCUUUCAGAAACAAUGUGUCGGUAAUGCAGUUGGAAAAGCGUCAGGCUUUGGCAAUUUUGGGUGUGCAGGAUCUGGCUAGCAUGAGCGACUUCUGG